CUGGGUCUCUGGGCCCGCCUGCUUUUUCUCGGAACUGGCUUCUUGAAUUCUCGUGUACGCCCUGUGACCUGAUCAUCUUGAAAGUAUUCCUCUUGCCCAGCAGACCUCUCCUCGCUAUGCUGCCAGUCACCACAGCAGAGAUGGAACCAAAUGGCAGCUUCAAGGGUACCAGGGAGAACUGUACAGUGGAUGACUUCAAGAGAAAUUUUUAUCCCGGAGUCUACCUGGUCGUAUUUGUUGUGGGGGCCUUGGGAAAUGGCUUUUCCAUAUUCAUUUUCUUGCAAUCUACUAAAAAGUCCAAAUCGGUGAAUGUAUUCAUGCUGAACUUGGCCAUUUCAGACCUGCUGUUUGUGUGCACGCUACCCUUCAGAGCUGACUAUUACCUUCGAGGCUCUCAUUGGGUGUUUGGAGAUGCAGCCUGCAGGAUCAUGUCCUAUUCCUUCUACGUCAACAUGUACAUCAGCGUCUACUUCCUGACUGCGUUGAGCGUCGUGCGUUUCCUGGCUACUGUGUGUCCCUUCAGGCUCCUGCAUGUGACCAGCCUCAAGACCGCCUGGGGCCUGUGUGGGGCCAUCUGGGUCUUCAUUAUGGCCUCCUCCGCUCUGCUCCUGAGCAGUGGAACAACCAACAAUGAAAAGCGGGCCACCUGUUUGGAAUUAAACUCCGGCAAGAUCACCAGGCUGAGGAUCCUGAACCACAUGGUGAUGGUAGUGGGCUUUGUGCUGCCCUUCUUCACUUUGGCCAUCUGCUAUCUGCUGAUCAUCAAGACCUUGCUCAAGGUCAAGGUUCCAAAGUCUGGAGCCCGCAUCUCUCACAAGAAGGCACUGGUCACCAUUACAGUCUCCUUGAUUCUCUUCGUGCUGUGUUUCCUGCCCUAUCACGUACUGAGGACACUCUACCUGUCACAGUGGAGGGAGGGCAAGUGUAAUGAACAGCUGCACAAGGCUAUCGUCAUCACCAUGGCCUUGGCUGCAUCGAACAGUUGCCUUGACCCUUUGCUCUACUAUUUUGCUGGAGAAAAUUUUAAACAGAGACUAAAAGCAGUAUUCAAAAGGGGAAAGAAAGAAAUGCGCCGGUCCUAUUUGUACAUGGCUAAACAAAGAAUGCAUGAGUAAGAGAUUUUUAUUUUUUAGAGAAUAUUUUUCCUAUGCUUGUCAUUAUUUGUACACAUUUCCCAUACUACCUUGCAUUUAUGACACUGACAACACAAAACCAUGCACGUUGACUGUGAUUUGGUUUUUGUAGCAUUUAAAAACAUGUCCUUAAGGAACAUUCUAAGUGGUCAACUCUGAAAGACUGAUUUGGCAGAAAUAAUUUGGGUGAAAGAUAUUUUUACCUGGGGUAAAAAUGGUUGGUUAAGGCUAAGUUUGUUUUUUUCUUUACCAUUUGAUAAAAAGGAAAGUUCAUUGGAGAGGGAAUGGGGAGUGGAGGGUAUAUCCAGAAAUAACUGCAACGUGAAAAAAAAAACCCCAAAACCAACAAAUGCUUUUAAAAAGAAAACAGUUGUAGGAUGAAUGGGAUGCAACACUGGUGUGGAUGGCAUUGUGGGUGCAGUCAUGCCAGCAGAGGUGGUUUCAGCCCUCUUGACCACAGGGGUUAGGAAAGAAGGGGGAGCCCUUGGAGAAUGGCACCACAGGAAUGGGACUCUGAAGGUCAUGGCCCCAAGAUAACCUGCAGAGGAUUGUUAGGUGAAAUGUAAGGAGAGAAGUGGGUCCACCUCAUAAAACGGGGAGGAGGGUUACCAACUUUUGGAUAUUGGUGCCCUGGGACAAAGCCUUAUAGAGAGUUGUACUUAAAGUCAGGAAGAACUGAAUUCUAAUCUUGUCUUGGACUUUUACUAGCUGUGUGAUCCUGGGCAACAAUCUUAACCUCUGUCAGCCUCAGUUUCUCCAUCUGUAAAAUGGGGGAUAAUAAUAGCACCUCAUGGUCUGUUUUGAGGACCAAGCUAAGAAGUUAACAAACAUUUAUUAAAUGCUAACAAUUAGAAGUAGGUAGCAGGUUCCUAGGCAGCUAGAUGCUACAGUGGAUAGAGCUCUGGGCCUGGGGUCAGGAAGACCUGAGUUCAAAUCUGGCCUUAGACACUUA